UAGCCGCUAGGUCGCAAGUUCCCAUCGAAUCCUCAACCAAUCAACCGAAAAGAAAAUCCCACAGAGCCACCAUGAAGUGCACAGUUGCCAUUGUUUUCGCCGCCCUCUUCGCCGUCGUCCUGGCCGCCCCCGCCGCCGAUUCGGAGGCCCAGAUCCUGCGCCUGGAGUCCGAUGUCCAGCCCGAGGGCUACAAAUUUGCUUUGGAGACCAGCGAUGGCAAGAAGCACGAGGAGCAGGGUGAGCUGAAGAACGUGGGAACCGAGCAGGAGGCCAUCGUGGUCCGCGGCUCCUACUCCUUCGUGGCCGAUGAUGGUGUCACCUACACCGUCAACUACAUCGCCGACGAGAACGGAUUCCAGCCCGAGGGUGCCCAUCUGCCCAAUGUGCCCAUUGGCAACUAAGCGGAUGCGGAUACGCUAACCGAGAGCUGUUCUAUGUAUAAUGGUUUCUAGUUGAUUAUUAAAUAAACGCGGCAAGAAAAUCGAA